AGGUUUAGGCUAUCACAGAGAACCACAAAGUCGAGCUGCAUUUAUGGAAGUUUUAACAAAAAUUUUACAACAAGGCACAGAAUUUGAAACUCUUGCUGAAACUGCUCUAGCUGAAAGAUAUGAGCGUUUAGUUGGUUUAGUCACUAUGGUUGGUGAAAACGGUGAACUGCCGAUAGCUAUGGCACUUACUCAAGUUGUCUCAUGUAAUAAUAUGGAUGAAUUGGCUCGAGUACUCGUCACAUUGUUUGAUGCUAAACAAUUACUUUAUCAGUUAUUUUUCAAUGUAUUUUCUAAAGAGCUUGAAUCAACUGAUAGUAUGCAGACACUGUUACGCGGGAAUACAAUGACAAGUAAAAUUAUGAAUUAUUGUUUCAAACAAUUCGGUCGAGACUAUUUACAAUCAGUGCUGGGUCCUGUACUUAUGGAGUUGGUUAGACGAGAUGCUGGAAAUUCAAGUGGUGGUUAUAUGCCGCCUGCUCCACUGUCACCAAUGUCAGUAACGACAACAACAACAACAACAACAACAACAGCAACUACAGCAGCAGCAACAACAACGACAACGGCGCACAAUAUUACUAACAACACUGUUAGUAGUACUAAUGUGUCAAGUUAUAACUGUAAACAACAAGAAGCGAAGAAGUUGAUAAACGAUAAUAAUGACUUAUUGGAUGAUAUAACAAAAUAUCCUCAUACAACACUGAAUUUAUCCUAUGAAGUAGAUCCUAGACGUUUACAACCGAAUGAAAAUUUAGAAGAUAACCAAAAUAACUUGAUCUUUGCAACUGAAUUACUCUAUAAUAAACUUAUUAAAUCUGUAGAUAGCUUUCCAUCAAGGCUGCGUUGUAUGUGCCGAUGUUUAUACAAACUUCUUGGUCAUUUAGCCUAUGGGAAUCAAUCAAAUGAACAAGCGUUGAAUGUCCUGUCAACGAUUGUAUUUUUACGCUUUAUCAAUCCAGCUGUUGUAUCACCGUAUGAAAGUGGUUUACUCGACUUUGAACCACCGAGUCGGGUAAAACGUGGUCUUAUUCUUAUUGGAAAAAUGAUGCAAAAUAUUGCAAAUCAAUUAUUGUUUACUAAAGAACCACAUAUGCGUGUAUUCGACUCAUUUUUACAAAAGCAUUUCGAGUCGUGUAUGCAGUUUUUCAAGGCAAUUGUUGAAGAGUCAACAAAAACUGACAAAUCAAUAAAUCCGUCUACAUUCAACGGCCUAUUAGAUCCUCUAAUAAAUAACACUGGUCAGUUAGUUGUCUCAUCUUCGUGGUUAUCCGGCGCAUAUCCAAAUUCUGUUGCUGCAAAUCCCUUGGAAGCUAUUGUACCGCUGACGACAAGUGAUAAUAUGUCCUCAAUAUCAGGUGGUUGUACGAAUACAGGUGGGGGAGGCGGUGGUGGUGGAGGUGGCGGUGGCGGCGGAGGAAGUUGUAUGAUGUCUUUCAUCUCUGACGACCUCAUGUACGCUUUGCAUCGUUUGCUGUUCACCAAUCAAAGUAAAAUUGGAGACUAUCUGGCUAGUAAUCGUGAUUGGAAAGCCGUUGGUCGACAGCCUUUUGAUAAAAUGGUGACAUUAUUGGCACAUCUUGGUCCACCUGGACAUAAAUCUGUUGACUGCAUGUAAGUUUUCCCUUUAUAUAAAGUAGAAAUCAGUUAAUCAGUCACUUGAAUCCCUAAUAUAUUGCAUAAGA